UUAAUUUUCAGUGGACUGUUUUGCAUUUUUUGCUCCAUCGUCUGUCACCAAGUUUAAAAAAAUAUUAUGUCGAUUGAGUGUUCGUGAAAUUAUUUUCAUAUUUUCAUAAAUAUACGAGUUAAAAGAAUAAAUUUUCCUUGAUAAUAUGAACAGACUUAAGCUGAACCAGAAGGACAAGGUGAAGAAGUUCAUAUCUCUUACUCAGACAGGGGAGCAAACUGCAAUCUACUGUUUGCAAAACAAUGACUGGAAACUAGACUUGUCGUGCGAUAACUAUUUCCAGAAUCCCGAUGUCUACUAUCGGGAGCUGGACCGAAAGAAAAUUGAGCAGCUUUUCACGCGAUAUCGCGACCCCGCUGACCCGAACAAAAUCAACUCGGACGGAGUAGUCAAGUUUCUGGAUGACCUGUACCUUAGUCCGGAAUCCAAACUUGUGCUCAUAAUCGCCUGGAGGUUCAAAGCGGAAGCGCAAUGCGAGUUCAGCAAAGACGAAUUUAUUAACGGCUUCGGUGACUUGGGUGUAGAUAGCGUAGAAAAGCUGAAAGCCAAGCUGCCUCUAUUGGAGCUGGAGCUGAAGGACCCGAUGAAGUUCAAAGACUUCUACCAGUUCACUUUUAACUAUGCUAAGGAUUCGGGCCAAAAGGGGUUGGACCUUGAGAUGGCAAUUGCCUACUGGAACAUAGUACUUAAGGACAGGUUUAAAUUUCUCGAUCUCUGGUGCAAGUUUCUUGUGGAAAACCACAAACGCUCGAUCCCGAAAGAUACGUGGAACCUACUGUUGGACUUCGCGACCUACAUUGACGAUAGUAUGUCCAACUACGAUGCGGAAGGCGCCUGGCCAGUGCUAAUUGAUGAUUUCGUGGAAUGGUGCCAGCAGCAGAACAAAGUUUGCCAUCCGUCGGUAAUCACUUCCACCAGCAGUGCAGUAGCCGCGGGAGUGCACUUACCGUCCACGUCUUCAUCAUCCGCUUCUUCGCCAUCGUCUACGACGGUCACCAAUCCGUACAGCGCCAGCAAAGCAUGUGUAUUUCAGGUAACGGCAGGUUUUAGCAUGAAGUUGCAGUGCGCUUUAACGACACGAUUAAGCCGGAAUUGCUACCAGAGAUGUUUGACACAGGCUUCCAAUUUCCUUCAACUCGAAAAUCGCAGUGUGAGAUUAAAAUAGAGUUAUUCAUUAUUUUUCUUUGAAACCCAAUAUUCAAUCUCGUCAUGAAUGAAAUCGAAAGCCCAUUCAUCAUUUAGACGCCCGUUGUUCACAAUAAAGCGUUCUACGUCAAUUGUCCAUUUCCGUUUCUGGCACUUAAAUUUGUGACCGAAAACUCAUGUGUUGCAAGUUAAACUGGGAUAAAACAAAAGUCAAGCCAUAGACAUUGGAAUGUUUAAGUGGAUGUAUAGAGACAGAAAGUCACGUGAAAUUUUAUCUUAAUUUACACAGUAGAUUUAACACAGCAGCAAACUAAGUUUGAGCAUUAUAGACUAGUGUAAUAUACAUUUCGUUUAUGAACACAAAAAAAACUUUUGGUAGUGAUGCAACUAACGAAAACUAUUUGAAUUCAUUGAAUGUUGGAAACUUAUAUAUAUCAUGCUAUUACUACUAUUAGUACCAUUAAAUAAUGAUGUAAUAAAAAUAAAA